UAACUGCCAGCCUGACAUAUGGGUGAGGCAAGCUUAUACGGCAUUAACUACCAAACCAAAUACUCUCGUUCUUGAUGAGAAUCGAACUCUUACUGUUCAUGUGAAUGAGUUGAGGAACGGGGUGAAAGAGAGAGAGAGAUGGCCUAACAAAUUUGCUUUUCAUCUAACACAUUUUUUCUCCUUCGAUCAUCACAAAGUAGCUUAUACUACGCAUACACCGUUAGUAGUAGGAUUAGGUAUUUGUUAGCCAGCCGUGGGCCAUAUCCUUAUGCUUUUCCUCUGCUUUUCACAGAUGCUCUUUCGCCAAUGUAAUUCCCUCAUACCAAAAAUACAAAUUCUCGAACGUAAUUUCUCCCGCCAUUUCCUUACCCAACCCAUUAGAUUCCGCUCAACCCAACAUGUUUAUGCGUGCAAUGUCAGAAUCGCUUCUCUGUCACGUGCCGGCAAGGUCGAAGCCGCCCGCCAGUUGUUCGAUACAAUGCCGGAAAGAGAUGUUGUCUCAUGGAAUGCCAUGGUGACUGGGUACUGGCAGAAUAGGGACUUGAAAGAGUCCAAGAUGUUGUUCGAUUUGAUGCCCGUGAGGAACGUGGUUUCUUGGAAUUCGAUGAUUGCCGGGUGUGUAGAGAACGAAAGGGUAGAUGAGGCUUUCGAGUACUUUUGUAACAUGCCCAGAAGAAAUACUGCCUCGUGGAACGCGAUGAUUUCGGGGUUUGUUAGGUAUGGAAGGACAGAGGAAGCUGGUAGUCUAUUUGACAAAAUGCCGAGGAGGAAUGUGAUUUCUUACUGUGCUAUGAUUGAUGGGUAUGCUCGAAACGGGAAGAUUAGGCAGGCGAGGGCUUUGUUUGACUGCAUGCCGAUUAGAAACGAUGUUACUUGGACCGUGAUGAUUAGUGGGUACGUAAUGAAUGGGAGGUUUGAAGAGGCUAGGGAGUUGUUUGACCGGAUGCCUGAUAAGGAUGUAAAUGUAAUUGCCACGACAGUUAUGAUCACGGGUUACUGUAAGGAGAGGCAAAUAGAAAAUGCGAGGAGUUUGUUUGAAGCAAUUCAGCUCAAGGAUUGUGCCUCUUUCAAUGCAAUGAUAACAGGUUAUGCACAAAAUGGAAAUGGUGAGGAAGCACUGAAGCUACACACACAAAUGCUCAGGGGGCUUAUGAAACCAGACCACUCCACCCUUGUUUCAGUUCUCACUGCGUGUUCUACUUUACCAUCACUAAAAGAAGGAAGACGAACACACGUAAUCAUUCUCAAAAGAGGGUUUGACUCGCAUCUCUCAAUAUGCAAUGCUUUAAUCACCAUGUACAGCAAAUGUGGUGGCAUUCUUGACUCUGAGUCCGCUUUUUCACAUCUCAACAAUCCAGACCUCGUUUCAUGGAACACCAUCAUCGCCGCUUUUGCACAGCACGGCCUCUAUGAAAAAGCUGUUUCCUUUUUCAGUAAGAUGAUAAUGAGCGGAUGCGAACCGGAUGGUGUAACUUUCCUUGGUUUAUUUUCCGCUUGUGGUCAUUCCGGGAUGGUGAAUGAGAGUUGGCACUGGUUUGAUUCAAUGGUAAAAAACUACAAAUUAAUUCCUCGGCGUGAGCACUAUUGUUGUUUAGUUGAUAUACUUGGGCGAGCUGGUCAAUUGGAGAAGGCUUAUGACAUGAUCAAAGAAAUGCCAUUUGAACCAGACACGGGUAUUUGGGGUGCCCUUCUUUCGGGAUGUUGCGCUUACUCAAAUGCGGAACUAGGGCAACUAGCCGCGGAAAAGUACUUUGAACUGGAUCCUCAGAAUUCUGGGGCUUACAUUGUGUUGUCCAAUAUAUACGCUGCUGCUGGGAUGUGGAAAGAAGUUAAAAGAGUGAGGGGGUUGAUGAAAGAACAAGGAGUUAAAAAGAAACCUGCUUAUAGUUGGACGGAGAUUGGUGAUAAGGUGCAUUUUUUUGUGGGAGGAGACGUGUCUCAUCCAAAUAUUGAAGAAAUUCGUUCACAGCUGAAGAAGAUGGGUUUACAAAUGACACGGAUGGAGGAUGUUGAGGAGAUUUGUUUGGCUGAAAGAUAAAUAGGCACUGGGGAAGGAAGCAAAGGCUAACUAUGCAGGGUUUCAUUUUGAAGGUUUUGUGGAGCAGAGUCUGUUUCCUUCAACAACAACAGGGGAGAGAGAGAGAGAGAGAGAGAGAGAGAGAGAGAGAGAGAGAGAGAGAGAGAGAGAGAGCAAUGGCCGCAAUGAUUUUUGAGGUGAAGUAACAUAUAGACAACAUUCCUUAUGAUUGAUGUCGAUGAAGGAAGAUGUUCAAAUGCUCCACCAUGCACUGCUAAAUUCAGGAGGACAGGAAGCGAGGUUUUUUCCCCAGAUAACUCAUGGUAUCCGAGCCAGCUUAUGCGCAUCUCGAUUAAUUUAUGAGAACAAUUCCACCGUGUGCUUGCAGGGGUCCAUUUAAAACCGGGGAAAAGAAUUGUACUGAUGACUCGAAUGAGAUCUAAGCUUCAUCAUGCUGAUUCAUGCAUGGUGAUUCUUCCCGUGAGUGUAAAUCCAGGUAAUGAAUAGAUACAAUAAACUCUUCGGUGUCGUAAACCAUCAUUCCGUAAGUAAAUUUUCUUUCAGGUUUUAGUACGAGAGUGACAUUUUUUUUUUCUUUUUCCAAUCACUUUAGACUCCAAUAAUCAAUUUGCAAUCGCUAAUUUGAAUUUCAGAUGACUUUCAGGUAACUUUUUGUGGCGUAAAUCAGAAUCUAUGUACUUUGAAA